AUGGACCAUGCUAUGAGCAUGGACGAUCGUGAAAUGAGGGCGAUGCCAAACGAAAGGUUUGAAGCUCUGAAGAGGAGAGCCAUCCCACCAAAUUACCAACAAGAGCUUGGAGAUGAUGAUCUGCACAAAAUUAUGGAUCGUGACGUAUAUAAAGCCACGAUGAAAGGGGAUGUCGAGAAAUUCAUCGAUGCAUUAGAAAAGGUUAUUGAGUCAAGGAAACUAGCUUUGUCGCUAAUCCUCAACCAAGUCACCCCCUCCGGGAAUUCAUUGCUUCAUGUAGCAGCAAGCUUUGGGAGCGAUGAUGUCAUGGAGCUCAUUCUCAUUCAUUUUCCUGAUAUCAUGACCCGGAAAAACUCCUCAGAGGAUACUCCGCUCCAUGUUGCAAUUCAAGAUGAAAGGUUCAACGCAACAAAAAAGCUAAUUCGCCGGGAAACAAACUCGGAAAUUAUAUAUUGGAAGAAUAAGGAUGGUAAAUCUCCAUUGUAUUUGGCAGUGGAAAAGUGCGUGUUCUAUUACCGGAAAAAUAGUGACCGGAAGGAGUGCAAGAUUUUUGAGCUUCUCUUGCAAGAAUCUGUUCGAGAUGAAGCUUACGCAGUCAAGAUACAGGGCAUGUCACCAAUUUUAGCCGCAGUCAAGGAGUGCAAUUUAGAUUUAUUGGAAGAAAUUAUAGAUCGGCUCCCGAAGUUACUUGACGUACGUGAUGAAAACGGGGGCUUACCACUGCACGUUGCAGCAUCGGUUGGAGGUUCUUUUGUAGUGAAGCUCCUGCUGGUGAAAUGCCCUUAUCUCGCCCUUGAAACAGACAAAAACGGCUCCUACCCGAUUCACAUCGCUUGCGAAGCCGGCAACUUCUGGGCAAUCGGACCGUUACUUAAGGACACGUGGCCUGACUUGGCAGAGAUCAAAAACAAAAAGCGUCAGAAUAUUCUUCACGUUGCAGCCAAGGGCGGGAACGAUCGCGUAUUAAAAAAAUACAGCGAAACCGAUACCUUUGAGAAGCUGCUGAAUGCGAAAGAUGACGAUGGAAACACACCCCUCCAUUUGGCAUCGAUGCACAACCAUUGUGAAGUUAUGCGCUCUUUGACGAAGGACAAAAAAAUUGACUUGGGGCUUCGGAACAAUGAUGGGUUGACCGCCCUGGAUGUGGCCAUGGAAUCCAGAAGCUCGUCGACGAGAAAUUCAGCGUUAGUAGGACGUGCAAUUUUGAUUGUUGCUGGUGUGCCACGAAGCGAAGGUCGAGACGUUCUGUCGCUGAGAGAACAGGGUUCUAGAGCGAGCAAAUCAUCUCCCACCGAAUGGAUCAAGGACCAGGUCAAUACAUUAUUACUAGUGGCCACACUUGUGGCCUCCGUCACGUUCACUGCAGGCUUAACCUUGCCCAGUGGAUAUAAUGCUUCCGGUGAUCUGCACCCAGGAAUGGCGAUCAUGCUACACCAUGGAAUGUUUCAGGCUUUCGUAAUUGCCAACAUGGUAGCUAUGUACAGCUCCAUUCUUGCAGUCGUAGUCCUCCUCUGGGGUCUCAACAGAGAUUACUAUGUUGCAGAACUAGCUUACCACUCAGCAGGGCCAUUAUUGUUGAUGGCGCUCACUGGCAUGUCAAUGGCUUUUUUUGCAGCCGUUACCGUAGCAGUGAGCAGACUUACUUGGCUUGGGAGCCUUGUUCUGUCCGUUGGAGUCUUUUACCUCGCAAUGGUCGUGGUGGUUUUAGCGGCCUUGAUAUUCCCAUCCUCCAAGACUACUAUGCGUAUUGUGGUCUUUUACUAUAUAGCGGUACUCUGCAAUGGGCAAACAAGGAAGGAAAGUUCCCCAUUGUAUUGGACAGUCGAAGAUGAGCACUCGGAGAUCCUCACACUGCCGCUCGCCAUUCCAUUUGGUCCAUCAAGAAUUCAGGGCAUGUCCCCUGUUCGUGCCGCGGUAACUCACUGGAAUCUGGUUAACUUCAAUUUCAAGUUCCGCAAUGAAAAGUUGUCGUUGCAAGCCCUGAUCCAAGGAUGA